AUGAAUGUUCAAAUCUUUGGUAGAAUAGAUAUGAUCUUUUAAAAGGAUGAUGCAAACUACCCAGCUUAUAUAAUUCUACCAGAUUCAGGCUUUAAACUGAAAUUUGACCAUAAGUUUUAAACUCUAUAGCAAGUCGAGAUUUUCAUUGCAUCCAGUGAAAUCAAAUAAAGAUUAGUCUACACAAUGAGAGAGUAGAUUUUAUCCUAAGGAUUGAUGAAUUAUUCCCUAAUGAGCUAGAUUAUGGGACCAACUUACCCGCCGAGAAUAAUUGGUAACUCAGUCUUGUUGAGUUAUGAGAACUAUCCAAUAAGCUUUGUGUUUGAAUAUUCUGAGAAAAUGUUCAAAGAGGGAUCAAGAGAGCUGACAAUUGAUUAGCUUUAAGUUUAAGAAAAUAGAUUAGUGAAACUAAAUUUGGUAGACAAUCAUGAAUAUGGAUCUGAUAAAGAUCGAAAAGGUAUAAUUUUUGUUCAAUUAACUUAAAUAGUUAGGAUAUUGUUAAAUGAAGGAAUUGAGAUAAUAUAUCCUAAUGAUCCUUCAAAAGAUUCUGUUAAGAUCUUGUUUAAUGAUCAUUUAAUGGAUGUCUUAAGAAUACUUGGUAAUCCGAAUAAAGAGUAUUAUAGUGAAGGUUCGCUAUUUUUAAAUUACUUAGAGUUGGGAUUUGAUUUGAAAAUUGAUGCUAAUUACAAACUUUAAAAAAUUAUCAUUCAUACCAACUUUAUAAAGCAUCCUUACUUUGGGUUCUAUCAUCGAUGCUUUUUCGAGUUAAUAAUUGAUAACUAUAUAGAAAAGAAAUCAAGUUCUCCAGCUAAGGAGGAAUUACAAGAGCAAAUGAUGUUUUUAAAUGAUGAUACUUUAAUCUAUUAAAGUAAUCACAAUAUCAAGCAUGGUGGUGGGAAGAAGAAAAAAUAGAAGAACUAAAGCAGAUAGGAGAAGCAUUGCAAUAUGUCAAUGAUUUCAACAAAGGACUCUCAGUUUUUACAAAAUAUGUAGAAUAAAGAAAAAAUUGUGAUUAAUCCUCUAACCAAGUUUAAUGCUGUCAAAGAUAUACUAAACAGCUUGAAUGAUAAUCCAGAUGGAUAAAAGAAAGAUCAAUUCUAUGUGAGGAAUGUGACUAAUUAGUUUAGCACCUAGUAUCAUGCAUACAGAUCGAUCAUAUUCGAAGUCAUGCCUGAUUAGGGAGAUUAUAUAGCCUCUGUAACAUUAUUUAAAGUCUGA